ACUGUCCCGAAAAUUCCGACCCGACGCUUGCUCGCUCUGCGUUCGCGCAUCAAUAAAAUCGUAACAUCGCGAGUGCUGCGAAUAGCCAAAUAGAAAAUUCGGCUGCAAUCAACAAUACUACGACCCACUAAAUAAGGUGGAAAACUGGGAAAUCUGGCACCGGAAAAACACAGAGUGCAGUGCAAAUCGCCAUUGAAUCUCCGAGCGCGUGCAUAUAUACGGGUUCCGUUGGUUCCGUUCCGUUUCUUGUCGCUUUUUUCUUGCACACACUUUACCACUUUACCUUUGCGUCUCUCGUUUCGUUGCGUGAGUGUGUGUGUGUGAGCGGUGUGUGGUGUGCGUGCGUGUGUUGUUUUUGUGUGUUCGUUUAACUAAAGCACAGGUAGCUAAGAAAAUCAACGAAAAAGAAAAGAAAACCAUGGGCGAAAUAUGAAUAUGAAAUUAAGUAAAUAUAAAACAUCAGAAACAUCCAAAAACACACGUUAAUAACUUUGUGCGUCUUUCGCAUUUCUUUUCAUAUAGUAUUAUUUUUUGUCUUGAAUUUUCUCAACAACAAAAACAACAGCAAGAGCAACAACAAUAUGUGUGUUGGAGCGAGAGCGAAGAUCGUGAUCACCGUAUCGUGAAUGAAUUUUUGUCAGUGUGUGCGAGGCGUGCUCUACGCACACACACACGUUCGUAAACAACAAACACACGCACACAAUAGCCACUGUGUCUGUGUGUGUACGGCAUUUAAUAAAUAAUUGUGUGCAAAUAAAUGUUUCAAAAAGAAAUCAGUAAACAACAACAACAUCAAAACGUAAAGCAAAAGUGCGAAAAUUCAUCUUCGCCUUGGAUCAAUCAGCAGUAAAACAAAAAAUAUAGUGCGUGUGAAAAGAUAUUCUUCUGGAGGUUUGCAACCAUCGAAUUAUAAUCAUCUUCUGUUUUUUGGAUACGGGAUCAUCGUUUCUUCUUCUUUUGCCGAAAAAGGAUGCGGCUGUAGGAGAGAACUCACAACCAGGAGGCAUUCAAGAUCAUAGGAAACCACACAUAGAAGUCAUGGCGCAGCAAGUGUUCUCGGCGCAUCCAGCGCUGGCGGUGGAGCAGCUGCAGCAGGCGGAACAGGAGGAGCAGAACAACACCACUAGUAGUAAUCAUCACCAGCAGCGAUCGGCGGCGACACAGAGCAGGCGGCAUGCCAAGGCAACGCCUAAGAAGUUCACCCUGAGUCGGAGCUGUGCAGGCGGAGGAUCGGGAGCCCAUCAGCAAGUCACACCCAGUACAUCUAAUCCCGCCAUUAGUCCGGAGUCCAGGAAACCCCUGCCCGUGCGAACAAAUUAUGCGGCAGUGGACGAUGAUGAUGACACCGAGAUCGAGGAUGUCGAUGAGGUGAACUUUGGCCACCAGCAGGAGAAGCAGACGGAACGAGAGACCCGGCAACAAACCAAAGACUGUGGCAUCGAUGAGACAGAUCAUGUGCAGCAGCGCCACAAAAACACAUCGACGACAUUGGCGGCGGCGGGGACGUUGAGCAGGCACCUGCGUCAGGAUGGCGGAGGAGGUGACCAAAGUGAUCAGAGCAGCGUGAUCAGUUCACCGUCGGUUAGCACAGUCUCCUCGCCCCUUUCCACGCCCACCAGGCUGCCACAGGCGUUGCAGCAGCAGCUCCACUGUUGCCAGAAAUCCAAUGGCAUGGAAUCCCGGGCGAGAACAACUCCGCAACAAAUCCAGCAUUCGCACAGGCAACACCACCAGCAGCAGCAUCAUCAUCACCACCAUCAUCAUCACCUCACAGCAGCGGGUUGUGCGGGCGGUGGAGGCGGCGGAGGUGGUAGCGGCGGCGGUACUGGAGGAUCAAAAUCCUGCAAAGCCAAGAAGCUAGAUCCUCGACUGAAUCCCUCGCCCUAUCGCCAGCUAUUGCCCAUCGCACUGUGCCUGCUCUCCUUCGCGACUGUCUUCGCCAUAUUAAUAGUUUACAUGGAUACGACAGAGAUUCGCCAUCAACAGUUUCGGCUGAAUAUGUCGCGCGACUACGAGCUGAAUGGGGUUGCGCAAGACGAUCCCUCACUCAUUGCAUUCCUGCGCCAGAUCCAUAUGGGCAAAUACCUGGGCAAGGCGUCGCCGAAGGUCGUAACGGCGGCCACUGUGGGCGGUGGUCUACCGCCCAACUCCCCUCGACUUGCCACCGCCGGUUCCACUUUCGGAAGCGGCAAUAGUAGCGGCAGUGGAGCCGAUCAACUGGCCCACUAUGUGGCCGAUCUGGUGGGCGGGAAGAUGAAUGGAGCAGUGAUCCAGUCGCUGAGCGGUCCGCUCGCCCAUCUAAUCACGGCGCCCUGGCUGAGCGAACAGCUCAACUGGAUGGGCGUGCUGGUGGAGCCGGAGCCACGCUGGUACUUCACGUUGCGCAAGCAGAAUGCCCAGCGGGCACGCAUGCAGGUGGUGCACGCCUGUGUUUCGCCCAAUACGUAUCCCAAAGAGAUUACCAUACACAACGAGGAUGUGCGCAUCAAUAGUCUGCACGACGAGGAGACCUCGUGGUUCAACUCGCGUGUCAAAUGCUUUCCGCUCUACACAAUCAUGCUGGCAUGUGAGCGCACCGAAUACGAUCUGCUCAGUCUGGGCGUCCAGGGGCAUGAGCUUGAGAUCUUGCAGACACUGCCCUUCGACAAAGUCAAAAUCGAUGUGAUAUCGAUACAUUUGCUCGAGGAUAACGAGGACGUGCACGACUAUGUGCUGGACAUCACCAGGUUCCUGGCGGGCAAGUCCUACAAGUUGCAGCGCAAGAUCGGAAGGAAUUACUUCUACCAGCGACUCAAUGCCAGCGCCAGUCGCACGCGCAAGAAAGACAUCCUGCUGCUGAAGACGCCUUAGGCACGACAACAAUUCGUAGACAAACACAACGAAAGAUCGAAGAAUCCAAACUGGGAAACAGAGAUGCCCAGAGGGAAAAUCGAAGUGAAGACAAGCGUUAAAAAGCGAGAAAAUGAAAGUAGUUACUGAAAGAAAUCAAGAAAACACUUGGCAGCGAAGCGAGAGAUUAGUAAAACUCUCAAACUGAACUCUAUGUUAUAAUGAUAAUUAUUACUAUACAUAUACGCUACACUAACGAUAUCGUUUAUAUAUAUAUAUACUGUAUACCGAUUAUGAUAUAUUGUACGAGUAGAAUCUUAGUUUUUGUAAAACUCAAAUCUCCCUUUACCUCCCUCCUCUCCCCCCAAAAAAACAACAUAUUAUAUCACCUUUAUGUUAUUAUUUCCAUUUAUUUUUUGUCAAAAUUGUUUUUUGUUCAUGUGUACGAGCUGAGUACACGUAACACUUGUGUUAAAUUUGAACACAUUACUAUACACAUAAAUGCAUAUAACGUAUUAUGAUUUGCUAUAAGCUAUGCUAAAUGAAUGUUAAUCUAAGAGAGCGAACGCCCGCCCCCCCACUUUUCGAUGUAUAAAUUAAAUUACAACUGGCGCGGCGAGUUCGGAUUAAGAACGAGAAAAUAUUGUAACUGCUCUGCUACUAGGCUUAGGUCGGCUAUCCUCCUACAAACCAACUAUCCAACUAUCUAUCUAUGCAAGUUUAUGUUAUAUCGAAUGCUUUAUCUAGUAAUCAAUAAGUAAAACAAAAACCUAACGUAAAUUAUUGUUUAAAACUGGCGCCGGACGACGACGAUAUGAAGCAGCGCAAAAACUAAAUACAACAAAUAUUUAAAUUAUAUUAAAUUAUUGAACCAAACCAAGCACAUCCAUACACAUACACAUAAACACCACCAUUGUACACACAUACACACAUACACACAUACACACACACUAGCGCAAGCGAAUAAAUAUAUAGAAAACUCAUUUGCAAAAUCUGCUUUCAAACUCAUCUCAUACUCAUAGUUACAACAUAAGCGAACCAUUAAAUUAACAAAAACUAAAAUGAAGAUCGAAUCAUAGAUCAAACUAGUAAAUGAGGCAGCAUUCGAAAGAAUAUUAAAGAAACAAUAAUGAAAUAGAGCAAAAAACGAAAAGAAAAACGAAUCACAAACACUAAUGCACAUUUGAUGUACUACAUGUACUAGUAAAAUAAACAGACUAAAUAAAUGUUAAUGUAGCGCAGCGAAAUUAAAUGUAAAACCACUUGUAUUUCAAUUACAUUUUAGUAAUUAUGAUGUAUUAUUAUUUUUUAUGUGCACACACACUUAGGAUACAGCUAAAGAUCGGUGACAGUUGUUGCAAGUGCCGCGAACUCGUUGCACCUCGCCUCCCCCCACCCAAAAAUCUAAGAACACUCAAAAUAACAGACUUAUAGCCAGCCACAGAUAUUAAAUUGAGAGCCGAGUAGAUAAUCAGUGCCUUUGACUUAGACUUGAAAUGAAAACCAAAAUCUAAGCAUUACUCAUAUUGAAAUCGUUGUACAUAGAGAGAUAGAGAGAGAAAGCAUUGAGCAGCAACCGUCACAAGCCGAACAUUUGUUGUUACCAUUUGCCGUCUGUUAAACUUGCCUUACCGAUGAUGAGGGACGACGACGGUGAUGCCCACAGUCUUCACUCAGUUACCACACUCAAAUCCGUCACAACUAUAAAAAAAAAAAAAACUACAGAAAUAAAUCACAAAAGAAAACACAUCACCUUAGUCAUAAGUACAGUGCUAAUGUCUGUUUUUUUAAGUCUAAUUCUAAUUACUUAGUUGUAUCUUGUGUAAAUUAGCGUUUAACCAAAUUUUAAGUAGGCUAUUAUGAUAACCAUCUGAUUUGGCCUUGUCCAUAGCACACAUCCCGCAUUGCAUUACGCCCCUUCAAAAAAAAAAAACAUAAAAACAAAACACCCAUACCAUACACCAUAUAUACAAGCAAAAGGCUAACUCAUGCUAAAGCUCGACAUCGAACUAGAAAUUGUAUUUACAGCGAGCAUAAAACUAAGGAAACAAAAUUUAUAGUUAAUAUAAAAAAUAAAGAAUCAAAAACUUAUGAAAUCUCCAUUCACUUUUGUUUGUCCAUCUAUCGGUCUUUUGAGUUCUCUCGUUUGAAAUCAUAAAACAAAAACUAUAUCUAUGGCAAAAAAUCGAAAUUGUUUAUCUUAUGAAAUUGACUUGAAAACUGUUGAGAAAAACAGUGACACGAGUACAUAUUCUAAACUACCCAGAACUAAUUGAAAACUAAAAACUGAAAUGAAUACUUAUGGAAAUUUUGAAUGCAACUUUGCCGUCACUUAUUAUAGUUAGAUACUUGCUAACAAAUUGAAAAGAAAAGGCCUGCAACUAUGACAAAAUAUUAACUAUGAAUACCAACAAAAUUUACACGAAUUCAAUGAAUGAAAUAAAUAAAGAUUUACAUGAAAUGUAA